AUGGAUCGUUAUAAGAAAACAAGUCAGUAGAUCGACUAGAUCAUGUAAUAUGAACCCACUCCUCAAUAACCUGUCACAUAUUUUAUAGGCAGAUCGAGGCCAAGCAAACUCAAAGAUGAUGACGAUGAUUCUUCAAGAGAAAGACGUAGACAAAGUGGGUCAUUGGAGUAAAUUAGUAGAUUAAGGGAAACCUUGAAUGCAAGGGAUUUGCAAGAGAGAGAAAAAUAUGAGAGAAUAAGAAUCUUAAAUAAGGAGUUAAAAAUCACUCUUAAAGAAUAUAUGACAGUUAAUAAAGAAUUAGAAGGGAAGUUAUCGACUAAGGAUAAAUAAAUUAGGGCAUUAGAAUAAGAAAAUAAAUAAUUGUUGGAUUCAUUAAACAAGGGAGAUGCAAAUACCAAAGAAGUAAAGAUCAAAGCAGAGACUUCUGAGAAAUUAAUGGAGGAAUUGCAAUAGCAAAAUCAUAUAUUAAAAUAAAAAUUAGGAGAUAAAAAAUAAAAAUUAACUGCUAUGAGGGAUUAGUUAAAAUAAGCAGAAACAGUUUAUGAAGAAUAAGGUUAAAAUUUUGGUAGAGAACUUGAAAGAGUGCAAAAAUUAUGUGAGGAUUUUUCAAAUGAAAUAAAAAAUUAAGAAGAAUAGAAUAAGGAAUUAGAGGGAGAGUUAUUAAAAUAAAGAGAUGAAUUAAUUAAUAGAGAUGAGCAAAUUCGAUAUUUCGAAUAAAUGUAUUAAGAUAUUAGAUACAGAGAUGCUGAUUAGCAAUCUUAGAUCGAAUAUCUCAAUUAAUAAGUCAAUUACUAUAAGUAAUAGUUAGAUUAAGCUUCAUAUAAAUAAGAUGAGGCUUAUGCUUAAUUAUCUAAAGUUGAAAAGCAGUAGCAAGUAUUUUUAUAGGUUUAAGAAUCUGAAGUUGAAAAGAGGGUUUCAAAUUAUAAAGAUUUACUUGAAAAAAAAAAAUAAAAAAUAAAUGAAUAAAAAUAGAUAAUUGAUAGUUUAAAUUAAAAAAUUAUUGAUUUUUAGAGAUUACUUGAUAAUGAGGAGAAAAAUCAUUAAAUUCAACUAUAAGACAGUUAGAAAUUAUAGCAAAUAAAUUCUGAACUUAAAUUGGUUAUUGAUAACUAAUAAAACAAAUUAUUGACAGCAGAGAAUAGAAUCUAAAGUCUCGUUCUUGAAAUCUAAGAUUAAAAAUCUGUAUUAUAAAUAAAGAAACAAAAAUCUGAAGAAUUUGAAUUAUAAUCUCGACAAGAUUUUCGUACAAUAGAAUAAUUAAAAAAUUAGGUUCUUCAUUUAUAGGAGCAACUAACUAAAUCAUAACAGUAUAGUAGGGAUUUAGAAAAUGAUAUUUAAUUGACAAAACAUGAGAAUAAUAAAACCAUGGAUGAAAUUGAGAUUAAAAUUGACCAUCUGGUAAAAUAGUUAGCUUAAAGUAAAGAAGAAAUUAAGGAAUACAAAAAUAGAGAAAGUGAAUUGAAAUAAAAAAUAAAAACUUAAGAAGAGGAAAUCCUUAAGCAUGCUUAAAAAUCUGCUAAAUAUAAAUAAUAAGUUGAAUAGAGCCAGUAUUCAUUAAAACAAAUUGAGGAGAAAGUGAGAAUUUAUGAAAGUGAGAGAGACAUUUAGUCAAGAUAAGUUUUGUAAGUGAAACAGGAUCAAGCCACAACUCAAAAUAAGUUGAGAGUUUUGGAAGACAUCCAUUCGCUAAUAAAAAUGCACAAAAAAAUUUGA